AUGGCGGGAAUGCGGUAUAUCAAUGGACUGAUGGUGUUAAGACUGAUAACAAUAUGUACAGUCAUGCUGAUAAUGAAAGAUUUGGAUGUAAUAUACAACUUGAUAAGGCUAUCGAUUGAUUCACUGAAUGUGAAAUUAUUUUAUGUGAGCACUACACUAAGUAAUGACAUAUCUUCGCUGCGCUGGAAAGAUGUGGAUAUAUUCUUCCCACCAAAGCUCAAUGACACAAAAGCCGAGUUGUUACGACUUAACGAAUUAUUAGCUCGUAAGCAGUACAAAUGUGAGGACAGUAUCACUGUUGGUGAUAAUAAAGGAGCUUUUACGAUUUGUACUGAUGGGUCAAACAAGAAAAUGCGCGAUGCUUUGUUCAUCAGUGGUUCGCCAGAUAAUUUUGCUUCCUAUUUGACUGCAGUAAUUCCGGAACGAUGGACAUUUUUUGUUCCUGAAGGAUUCAGCGCACUUGACAGCUUAGGGAACGUUGAUGCGGAGAUGCAUUAUCUGUACCCUCUAAGCAGAAAUGAUGCCUGGGAUUUCGAUGAGAUAUUGAGUGAAGUAUCGAAUAGGCAAUUUGAUACCGCAUUCAUCAAUUUCUAUUCAGCCAUUCAAGACAGAGAAUCGAAAAUGACACGACUACAGGAACUUCGUGAUGCACCCAAGUUAAUGGAACAACUUUUGAAGGUUUUGCAGUCAAAUCAACUUCACCUGGUCAUCGAAAUAAGAAAUAUGGAAAAUUUGGUAUAUGACUGGUAUUUAUUACUUUAUCAGAUGUACCUCAAAUAUCAUUAUGCCCUUAUUGGAGCCGAAUCAAGUUCCGUCUGUGUCCAAGUGGUUCAUAGUUGUUGGUAUCGACUUAGUUUCAUGAAAAAGGCUCAUCAUCAAGUGGAAUUGCCUGUUUUUGGCUUCGGUUCUCCAGUGGAAGAGAAGAAGCGACUUAUGAAGUAUCUGACAGCUAAAGAGAAAAAUGUGGAAUGUAAUGAAGUGGCGGAGAAUGAAAACGAUAUACCUGUGCUUUGCCGGUUAAAUGUAAUGAAAAAUCCAUGCGCUGUUGUUUAUGUGAGUUAUCGUGAAUUUAAAGUGAUGGAGAAUUUCGAACACUUCCUUCCCUGUAAAGUUCAUUUUUUUUCGCCGGUGGAGUCGAAUCGAAGGUUGAUUUCAACCCCAAACGUGUAUCCUUAUGGUAUUUCACCAUAUUUUUCAAAAAAUUUCACAGUUCCUGAUGGCAACAAUAACAACUCAUGGCUUCUGAUAACUUUGUCAGAUAUGCUUAACAUUGUUAAUGAAUUUAGAAUAAAUAAAUUUAUUUUGGAUCUUAAUGGCGGAGAGUGGGAUGUUUUUCCUGCAUUGUUGGAAACAAUUCUAUUCAAGAAUAUUGUCCUGGAAGUAGAUCUCAGAGUUCGGUUUUGGAUUGGUGAAGACAAUGAAAAUUAUCGCCGUAUUCUGAUGUACUUCUUGCGACUUGAAAGUUUUGGAUUCAAAAAGUCAUAUUCGAAGAUCGGUGAUACCAGAGCAGUCGUCAAUUUUAGAAAUACUUUACUGGCUUAG